AUGUCAAACUCCCUUGUAUUUCCUCUAAAUUUCAAUGGUUUGCUCGUACAUAGUGAUGGACGAAUUGUAAGAUCUAUCCCAAACGAUAACAUCGCAGCUGGAACUGAUACCUUAACAGGUGUCCAAUCAAAAGACGUCGUUAUCUCACACGAAUCCAACGUCUUUGUAAGGCUUUACAUUCCCAAAACCCUAAUCCCUACUCGGAAACUUCCAACUCUGAUUUACUAUCACGGUGGAGCUUUUGUGACUGAUUCCGCUGCUUCACCCACUUACCACCAGACACUUAACUUGAUAACCACUGAAUCCAACGUCAUUGUUGUAUCUGUAAACUACAGGUUGGCACCGGAAUAUCCAUUACCAAUUGCAUACGAGGACUCGUGGGAGGCAAUUACAUGGGUGGCUAGUCAUGUCGGAGGAAAUGGUCCAGAAUCAUGGUUAAACGACCAUGCAGAUCUUCAGAAUGUGUUCUUAGGUGGAGAUAGUGCUGGGGCUAACAUCGCCCACAAUAUGGCCAUCCGGGUCGGGUUGAACCAUGAGAAAGUUAUUAACAUAGAGGGUGUUGUUUUGCUCCACCCGUAUUUUGGAGGAAUGGAUCCAAUUGGAGCUGAGUCCAAGAUAUAUAAACGGCAGAAAGAGUUGAUAGAUAUGGGAUGGCUGGUCGCAAACCCAUCGGGGAAUGGAUUAGAUGACCCGCUGUUUAAUCCGGGUAUGGACCCGAAUAGUUCUGCUUUUGGAAGCUCUAAGAUACUUGUGUGUGUUGCUGAGAAGGAUCCGCUAAGGGAAAGGGGUCUGAGUUAUAAGAAGGUGAUGGAGACGAGUGGGUGGAAAGGCAAAGUAGAGUUGAUGGAGAGCAAAGGGGAGCGCCAUGUCUUCUUUUUGAUUAAUCCUUCAUGUGAAAAUUCUCGUUCCUUACGCAAUAGAAUUUGUAACUUUAUAAAUCCGAUCAGAAGCAAAGCUUGA